UGUUUUCGCAUUGCGAUCAACAAAUCGCCAUCCUCUUACCUACGAGUAACGCUAGUUUGUGCAUUAAGCAACCAACCAACCAACAAAAUGUUCAAGUUUGUGCUAGCUACGAUUGCGCUGUCCUGCUCUGUGUUGGGCUUUGCCACGGCAACCUCCUGCACGAAUCCCCAGGUUCAAACAAAUUUCUAUUCCACGUCGGAUGCCACGAUUGUGAGCCAGAUCGGUUUCGUGACGGAGUUCACACUGAAGUGCUCGAACGCUGGUGCUGAGAAGCUGCCCCUGUUCGCCGAGGUCCUCGGCAAGUUGGCACCGGUUGUGCGUCUCGGUGAAAACAAGUACCAGGUCAGCUGGAAUGAGGAGAUCAAGAAGGCCGGCAGCGGAACGUACACGAUCCGCCUGUUCGACGAGGAAUCGUUCGCCGCGGUGCGUAAGGCGCAGCGGGCCGGCGAGGACGUUCAUUCGGUGAAGCCCCUCACGACCGUUUCGGUUCACUUCUCCGGUGCGUACAAGGGUCCUUGGAUCAACUCGGAAAUCCUGGCCACCGGUCUGGUCGGUUUCGUUGCCUACGUUGCAUUCACCACGCGGUCAAAGCUGGUUGCGUAAACGUCACCCAUCUACCCAUAAUUUCCCGUUAAUUAACUAAUUUGUUUUUCGAUUGACCAUUCAUCUCAUCAACGACACUCAUCGGAGGUGUAUGUGCUAUUGUGUCACUGUUAUUUAUGUGACCGAUUUUGUUAGCUUCAGAAGUUACAAAGAAUCCAUCCUUUCGGGAAUAACAUCACGCCCAACGUCCGGAAGCAAAAGAGCAAACUAACCAUCUUCCGGAAUAAAGUGGAACAAGAAAGGUGCUCCCGUGCUUUCGUUCCUCUGAGACUGAAAUAGAUUACAUGGAAUAAAAGAGAAGCCUCCGUUCCGGUGACCGAUGCGACAUAUUUUGCCGCCUUACCUA